UGUGAGAGUUGCCUGCGGCGCCAUAACGGGACAGCUGUGGGAUGGGAUGAGUGUUGCUGGGAGAGCCAGAGAAUAAUUCAUCACCAUGAAAAUCGCUGUUUUGGUGUUGGUGAUUGGGGCGGCGUCUGCAGCUGUCCCGGGGUGGAGACGAAGCCGGCCACACGACCUCACAAGACGACUGAGAGUUGACACACAAUGGUGCGAUCCGGUGCUUGGCUGCUUGGAACUCAACGAUGACUGGUUCACUCCCACAAGACCCAUCAACGUCCUGCCUAAUUCAAGGGGACACAUCAACACUCAGUUCCGCCUGCACACAAGAGCAGAACGCGCUGAAAAUGAGGACGUGUUUAUCAGUGCAGACUCGAGCGUGAUUGACUCUACAACCUUCGACCCGUCCAAACCAAUCAAAAUCAUUACCCACGGCUUUAUCGACACAGGCAACACCCAGUGGCUCAAGGAUAUGGCGGCGGCCUUCCUCGAAUACGGUGAUUACAACGUUAUUCGAACGGAUUGGGGCGACGGUUCGCUGCCCAUGUACUACCAGGCCUCCGCCAACACCCGCGUCGUCGGCCUGGAGAUUGGGUACCUCGUCAACUUUUUCAUCAGCGAGUACGGUGUUGAUCCUGCCAACGUUCACCUGCUCGGCCACUCCCUCGGCUCCCACGUGUCAGGAUACGCAGGAGAGAAAAUCGAAAAUCUCGGCCGUAUCUCAGGCCUCGACCCAGCUGGGCCUUACUACACCAACAAUCCCGAUUUCAUCCGACUCGACGAAACGGAUGCCGUCUACGUCGACAACAUUCACACGGACGCCGACAGCAUUCUGGUGUUGGGCUACGGCACAGAGGAGCCCAUGGGCAACGUCGAUUUCUACCCCAACUCGGGACAUGACCAGCCUGGCUGCAGCCCCGUCGAAAUUGGCAUUGAGUUCAUCACUGACGUUCCGGACGGCGUGAGGGACUUGGCCGCCUGCAGUCACGGUAGAUCCUACAAGCUCUAUAUUGACUCACUCUACGAGCCGUGCCCUUACACAGCCCACGAGUGCGUCGAUUACGACUCCUUUGAACUGGGUCGCUGCGCAACCUGCGCAGAGGACAACUCAAAGUGCGCCUUCAUGGGUAUCCACGCUGAUGAGUACACGGAUAAGUCGCGGGUGAACGUUAAGAUGUACUUCGACACUGACGAUCACUCUCCGUACUGCUACUAUCAUUACCAAGUCAUCGUGGAUACAGCCCACCCGAAGAAUGCCGAGGACUGGGUUCAGGGUCACCUUGACAUCUGGCUGUUUGGUGAUAAUGGACUUACAAUCGACAAAGUCAGACUCACUAAACAACACGAAAGGUUCGACCACGGGCAGCCCAAGUACUUCAUGUUCACCAGCCACGUCGACAUCUCGCGCGCGAUCAGGAUGGAAGCCCACUGGAGUUACGACGAUUCUCUCUACGACCCUGGCAGCUACUGCUUCAUGCUACUGUGUAACCGCUCUCUCUACGUUCGCUCAAUCCAGAUCUCCCCAAUGGAGUACUACCCGGAAGCGACCCGUCUGGACCACACCAGGGUACUGUGCACGGUGGGAGAGGACUACACCGAGAUUAAAACAGGAGACACAGAGGUUCUGGUGUGGGACGAAACGUGCACCUUCUCCGUCUAGUAGACGUCGAGACUUCCCUUCUCCCGCUCUCGCUCUCUCUCUCUCUCUCUUACUCUCACUCUCACUCUCACUGUCUCCCUCUCCACACACUCCUCCUGGCGGUGAGAGUGAUGAUGCCUCGCGUCAGUGAUGAUCACAACAACAACAACAUGUGGAGAGAAACAGCCUGGAUGACCACGAAACCGUAGUUAGGAUACUAUUUUCUUCAGAAUUUGAUAUUGAUCCUAAAAUUGUUCCAGUAGCUAUAAUUGUCAUUUCUCCGUUCUGCUUAGGAAUUUUGCUAUGAGAAGUGUAAGCCUACUGAUGCACUGUUAGACCUAACUGCACGACAACAUUGUGAAUUAAAUGGCAAAUAUCUACUUAAUUGUAUUUGUUGUCAAAUUUUCUUAAAUGUUCCGCAUAACUUAUGCGAAAAAAAUCUAAGUGAUUAAUAAACACCUCUGUAUGUUUAUUACUAUCCUG